AUGCGCAAGAGGAUUAACUACCACUCUGAUCUACUUCAGAAUAACCCAACUGAAACUGGCAUCAAAAGAGAGUGUUCACUAAAUAAACUUCAGUUCUACCAUAUAACUGACAAUGUAACUCCUGAUGUCAUGCAUGACAUUCUGGAAGGGGUCGGAGGUUACGAAACCAAGCUUGUUCUUAAUUCUCUGAUUGAACAAAAACUCUUGACACUUGAUCAGCUGAAUAAUAGACUUACAAGCUUUGAUUAUUGGUUUUCUGAUAGCCACAAUAAGCCAUCUGUUUUCAAACCUCAGGAUCUUAAAAACCCUGAUGGGGCCAUGAGACAAACAGCAGCACAGAUGUGGUGCCUUCUAAGGCUGCUCCCUCUUAUGAUAGGAGAUUUGAUUCCAGAAGAGUCAAAUGUGGACUCAGAAAGAGCAACUCAAAUGACAGAGUGGCUCAAAAAUGAUACCUGGCCAGCAAGUCAGGUCGAGCAGUACAUGAAAGAGACAGCGAUCCAAAGGGCCAAAUGGAUUCGUGACAAUGGAUCCAAGACAAUAAUGGAAAUAGUCAAAGAGUAUCCACGUCCCCUCAACACUCCGGGCAUGAUAUUGCAGGAUUUUUUAAUUUUGAAUCCAGACUGUGCUUCCAAACUCGCAGAAAAUUGGGUAUCUGUGUUUAAGGAUAAGAUUCUACAGUUUGCCAGCAAAGAGAAACAAGCUCUUGAUCUACUUCACAACAUAGAAAUGAUGUCAGCAGAGAGACAGAGUGACGUCGCCGUGCAAUUCCUGCCUGUAGUCCUUCCAACGUAUGUGUACAAAAUUGGAAGAAAAAUGUUCAGACCAACUUUCCUAGAAACCAGGAAGGCCUUCAUAGACAUACAGCCUAUUGGGACCAAUAUGGCUGAGUAUCUGCGUUCAAAAGAGUCCAUUGAAUUCCCUUACAUUCUCAUGCUUGGAGACAACCAGUGCUUUCAAGCCUUCACCAUUAUAAAUGGAGCAGCACUUGAGCAAAGUACAUUACUGGCUGCACUGGAUGUUUGCUUUAAAGCAUUCUACAUCUUUGAUAUAAACUACCCCAAGCAGUGUUCCCCGGUGUGGCAGUUUCUACAGACUGUGGUGUAUGGACUUCCUGGGGAGGAGACACCAGCAGUAAGAGUUCUGCAAGCAUUCAUUUUUGCCAACAAACUGUAGUUUUUAUUUUAUUUAUUUUUUUUAUUAUUAUUACUGUGACCUGACCGCUUCCUUGGAUUCUGUGUUCUUUAACUUGUACACUGUUAUAUGAAAUGUUUUCAUUUUUCACAUACAUAUUUUCUUGGAAGUAAAUUUUCCUGACUUCAGUCAGUUUGAUGCAUGUUCAUUAUUACUUCUAAAUACUUCUAUUUUUCUUAUACAACACUG